GGUAAUCUCCGUUUGGACCUCGCCGCGGACGCUAGCAUUGGCGUCGCACUCCGCAGAGAAAGCAGCAACAGAAUGCUGUCCCCGGGACAAGACACGCCGCCCAGUAAUUACUCGUCCGGUAAUGUCGUCCUCCAAGGUGCGCCCUGCGGUCAGUGCCGAGACUUGUGUCCCGCCGGAUACGUGCCACACUUUUGGCGGCGUACCGGAGGCCGGCACUCAGCCUUCGGGAUAAGUUCGUUAGGGACUAUCCGCCGCUGUCUUCUCCAAGACACUCCCGAAGGAUGGAGGGUCCUUCGGAACUUCGCAAGCCUCGCGGCCCCGAACUCCACGCUUCUCUUCUUGACUGCCUGUCGUCUAAUUUUCAGGCUUCGACGGCCGUUUAAUUUCGAAAAUUUACGAGCCCUUCGCUUCUUCUUGCACGUUAAGGAUGUGGUAUGGAGUAAUGAGGCAUAAUUAAUGCGACUUCAACGCGUCAAACACAUAGACGUUAAUGUAGAAUUGUUAAUUACUAUGUUAGCCAUUAAUGAUUUAAAUC